AUGAUAACUAAAAAUAAUAUAAUUGACAUGAUAAAAAAUAAGAACUUUUUUAAUGAGGAAGAAAAAUGUUCUUAUAAUGAAAAUACAAUUAUAACUAAUGAAAACAACAUAAAUAAAAUUGAAAAUUCCUUUUUUGUUAAUAAUUAUGAGUCUUUAAAUUUAGAUUACCAACAAAAAGUUUUUUCAAAUGUAUCAAAAACAAAUGAUGAAAAAUUAUUAAAUAAUUUUAAAAAGUUUGGACAUAAUUGUGACACUUUUGAGAAAAUUGAUAAUUUUAAAAUACAAAAUAAUGAUAAUUUUACAAAUGAAGAAAAGGGAAAUUUAAUUUUAUUAAAUGAAGAAAAUAAUGAGAAUACUAACAAGAGCAAUAGUUUAACUGAUGAUAAUAUUAGAAAUUACAUACAUAAAGAUUUAAAUGUAAAUGAAAAGAAUUUAUUUUAUAAAAAAGUUGAUGAAAUUUUAAAUUUAGAAAAUGAAAAUGAAGAUGAAUGGAUAAUCAAAGAAAUAUAUGAAAAUAAAAAUAAUAAUAGUGUAGAAAAGGAAGAUGAAAUAUUUUAUUCAAAAUGUGAAGUGACUAAAGAAAAAAAAAGAGAGAAAUAUAAUAAAAAUAAUGAAAAAAAAAGAGAGAAAUAUAAUAAAAAUAACGAAAAAAAAAGAGAGAAAUAUAUAUUGGAUGAAAAUGAACUAGAUUUAGAUGAGAAUGAGCUACAUUCACUACUUAAACAAAAUAAAUAUGAGUUAACUAAAUUCAAUAUUCAUAUGAGUAAUAUUAUAUAUAAGUAUCUUUAUUUAUAUAAAAAAAAAAAAAGUUUAAAUAGAAAAUAUAUAAAAAAUAAGAGUUAUGAAUUCUAUCAAAUAAAAAAUUUAAAUACAGAAAAUAAAAUAGAUAAUACAAAAUUAGAAAAAAUUACAAAUUCGAAAAAUGAAAGUUAUGUUGAUACAUAUGAUUCUAAAAAAUCUGAAUUAAUUGAUUUUAAUGAUUCAUUACAAAAUUGUAGUGUUGAUUUAAAAAAUUCAGAGAAACAGGAAAAAAGAGAAAAUGUGCAUAUAACAGAUAAAAAUUUAUUAAAAGAUAUAAAUUUUUUAUAUAUAGAAUAUUUUAUUAGAAAAAAAAAAAUAUUAAAAUUAAGAAAUAUUUAUAAAUUUAUUUAUGACAAAGAUAAUUUAUUUUAUUUGAGAAAUUUUAAUUAUCAAAAUGUAUAUUUCUUAAAUUCUAUAUGUAAUACUACUACUACUACUACUACUACUACUACUGCUAAUAAUACUACUUCUAAUACUUCUAAUAAUAAUAAUGAUGAAAAAUGUAGUAUUAAGGAUAUUUCUCACUAUUGUUUUAAUAAUAAUUUUUUAUGUCUUCAAAUGAAAAAUGACGAAAUAUUAAUUUUUAGUUUUAAAUUAUUAAAUUUAAAUUCUUUAAUAUUUUUUAAAAAUAAUGAAAAUAAUUCAAUAAAUGAACAAAAAAUAAAAUUUUAUAUAGAUGAAUUAUUAAAUGAUAAGGAAAAUUAUAUAAAAUUUGAUAUUAAUUUUUAUUCUAAUUAUUAUAUAAUUAUUAAAAAUGACAAAAUUAAAAAUAUUAAAAAUGUGGAUAUAAAUAAUUUGAAUAAAUUAUGCAUAACUACAAAUUAUUGUAUAUUUAUUUAUGAAUUAUUUUUUAAUGGUUCUAAUAUACAGUAUAAAUAUUUAUGUUCUUAUAUUGAGAAAAAUAAUUUUUUAUCUAAAGAAAAUCAAAUUUUCUACUCAUUAUUAACAGAUGAAAAAAAAUUAAUAUAUUUUAGUGAUUUUAAUAUUAUUUACUUAAAUAGUAAUAAUAAUAUUUUUAAUAAUAUAUUUACUACAAUAAAAGAUAUAAAAUUUAAAUUUAAAAUAUUAAGUAUUUCUUUUUAUAAGAAUUUAUUAGUAGUAUCUUACUUCAAUAAAAUAUCCGUUUUUCGUGAUAAUAGUAUAUAUUUUAUCAUUCAUUUUGAUGAGAAUGGAGAUAUAAUGAAUACUAAUGAUUAUUAUGAAAACGAGAAAAACAAAUAUGAGAAACAAGAAAUACAAGAAAAAAAAAAAAGCAACCUGUUAGAAGAAUCAGAAGAAGAAUUAUCAAACGAAAUUUAUUAUAUACCUUUUCUAUGUAUAUUAGAAAAUAAUUACUUCUGUUCUUCUUAUGGGAAGAAAAUAUUUAUUAUAGAAUUUACAUCUGAAAUUAAAAUAAUAAAAAAAUUUUAUUUAACUCAUUCUAUUUAUUAUUUAAAAAGUUGUGAUAAUAAUAUUAUUAUUAUUUAUGAUAAAUAUAAGAUAUAUAUUUAUCAAAUAAUGUAUUUAAGAAAAGAUUUUCAUUUAUAUUUAUUAUAUGAAAAAAAAAUAAUUAAUGUAAAUAGUUGUGUAAUUUCAGAAGGUAAAAAACAUUUUGAAUCUUAUGAUAAUUCUAUUAAAAUAAAUAUUAAAAAUAUCAAGAUUAAUAAAUAUGAUAAAAUUUCAAACUUUCUUUUUUAUUUGUUUAAUAAAAAUGAGAUAAAUAUAAAUAAUAUUAAUAAUAAUGAAGUUAAUUUUUUUUAUAUAAAUUUAAUAUAUAUUUAUAUUUUAAAUAAUAAUAAGAUUGAUAUAAUUGUUUUAAAUUCAUUCAUAUAUUUAAUAUAUCUUUUUUUUUAUUAUAAAAAGUACAAUUUACUUUUAAUUCUACUGUUAUAUAUGUAUAAUGGAAAUAUGUGUGUUCUAAUGGAUUUUCCAUUAAAUGAGGAUGAAAAAAAAAAUAAAAUAAAGACAAUUUUUUUUUUUCUUUUUGAGAUGAAGAUAAAAGAUAUUAUUGAAAAUUAUGAUAAAUAUAAAGGAAAUGAUAUAAAUAUUAUAAAUGAUUUUUAUAUUGAAAACAAACAUUUAAAGGAGAAUUCUAAUUUAGAAAAACAUCAAAACAUUUCAUCAUUUUCGUGUAAUAUUGAAUCAAACAAUUUAUUAGAACCUAUAUCAAAGAAUAAUUUUUCGUCUAUAUCUACAUCAUCUUCAUCUUCAUCUUUAUCUAAUCAUUCUUCAACAUUUUCUUGUAUAUCAUCAUCAUCAUCUUGUUCUAACUUUUCUCUUUCUUCUAAUUUAAAUGAUCAAUAUAACUGCUCAUCACAUCAUACAUCUGUUUCUUCCAAUGAAAAGGAAUCUAGUAAAAAUUCCUUUUUAAGGAAUCAAAAAAUUACUAGAAAAAUUUUAGAUUCUGAAAAAUGUUAUAUAAAUAAAAAAGUUGUGGAUAAUACUUGUGUAGAAGAAUUACUAAAAUUAUGUAGUUUAAGUUUAGAAUUAAGUAUUAAAUUUAAUAUAAAUUUAUAUGAAUACAUUUUUAAAUUAUUUAAAGUUUAUAAUUUAGAAAACAUAUAUUUUUAUGCAAGCGAACCAUAUAUUAUAAAUAAAAAAAUAUAUUUUAACGAUUAUACAUUAAUAUAUAAUUUAAUUGGUUAUUUUAAACGAUUUUAUAGAAUAUUUUGCUUAUAUGACGAUAAAAAUUAUGAUUUGUUUUUAUUUUUUUAUAAUUUUAUAAAUAACAGUAAAAAUGAUAGAAAUAAUCGUAAUAAGAAAAAAAUUAUUUUGAAUGAAGCAUAUUUAAAUAGAUUUAUAUUUUCAAUGAAAUUUAACAAAGUAAAUAAAAUUAGGUUAGAGAAUGAAAAAUUAUUUGUACAGAAGAAUGUAAAAAGAUCUUUCAUGAAUUUUGAUAAUUACUUUGCUUAUAAAUAUAUAAAUAUAAAGAAACGUAUAAAAAAAAUUAGAAAAAUAUAUUCUUUUAUAUGUUUAAUAAAUAAGUUUUGUAAAAUUUUUGAAAAUAUCGAUUUAGAAAAAAAAAUUGAAAAUAUAAUUUCACUAUUACCGUUACAUAUAUGUUCCUUUUUAUUUAAUAAACAUAAUGAAGAUAAAAUAACCAUAUCAGAAUUCUUUACAUCUUAUAUAAUUAGAAAAAAAAAUAUAUUUUUUUUUAACUUUUGUAAAUUAAACAAUUUAAAAAAUGAGAAUUAUCCUAUAUAUAUUCCCUCCUACUUAUUUAAAAAUUUUUAUCAAACUCACUUUUUUUUUGAUUACUUAUAUUGUAUUAUAUUUAAACUACCAUUUUCAAUUAAUAUGAAUAGAUAUUCUAUCAGAAAAGAAAAUACACUUAUUUUAAAAGAUAAAUAUAAAAAUAUUUAUGAGAAUUUUGUUUUCAAUAAUUUAUCUAAUUAUGAUAAUAUCUUUUUUAUAUAUUCUCAUUUUUUUUUUGAGAGAGGGGAUUACUGCAAUUUAAAUAAAAACAUUAUAUCAAUUAUUAAUUAUUUAUGUAAUAGAUAUGAUAAAAAAUAUUUAAAUUCUACAAAAGAAAGAAAUUUUUUAAGUGUUAUGUUACAAAAUAAUUCAUUUCAAAUUAAAAAGAAGAUAAUUGAUGUUGAUUUUAAAAAAGGAGAAACAUAUAUAUAUAAAAAAGAAAAAAAAAAAACAAAUUAUUUAGAAAAAUUAAACAAUGAUGAAAUAAUUUUAAAUAAAGAGAUCAGAAAAUGUUAUGAAAAUGAAAAUUUAUGCACAGAAAAUAUAAAUACAAAAAAAGAAAAGGAACAUAUAAAUGUAAUUGAUGAAAUAAGAAAUACAGAUAAUGAAGAAAAAAGUAUUUUUGAAACAAUUAAUUUUAAAGAUAUUAAUUUAGACAAAAAUGGAUUAUUUUUAUUAUUACAAAUAUCUUUAUCAGAAUCUUUUUUUUUAAUAAAUAAUUUGUUUUUUUAUUAUAAUUUUAUCAAUAAUUAUGAUAUUAUAAAUAAGUUAGUUGAAAACAUUUGUGAAUUUUAUAUACAUUUAGUUAUAACUUUAAUAAAUUACAAGAACAAUUUAAAACAAAUUUUAAAAGAAAAAUUAGAAGAGAAUAUAUCCGAUAGAAUUUAUGAAGAAAUUUUGUAUGGUAUUAAUAAUUGUUUUCAUUUUUAUGAAAUAAAUAAUUUUUCAAUAAAGAUGUCCUAUUUUAUGAAUUCUAAAAUAAACAUAAUCCAAAACGAUAAAACUACUGAUUUAAUUAGAUGGAUUAUGUUACAAAUAUUUUUCAUUAAAAAACAUAUUUACAAAACGAUAAAUAGUAUAACUUACAUGUUAAUACUGUUUUUUAUUUUUUCUAAUAAUUUAUUUUUUCAAUAUUCAUUAAAUAUAUUUUUUAUUAAUUUUCUUUUUCAAGUAACUCUUUUAAGAAAGACAAAAAAGGCUUAUUUUAAAAUGUAUAAAAAUUAUCGUAAUCAACUUUUAAUUUAUAGAUCAAAUAGUAAUAUAGAAUUUUUUUUUCAAACUUUCGGAUUAAAAAGGAAAAAUAUAUUUAUAAAAAAAAAAAGAGUUGAGUUAUAUUUUAUAGAUAGUGAUUUAUUUUAUUAUAACAUAAUAAAUUACAUCAUGAAAACAGUUUUUUUCUUUGAUAUAAAGAAUAUAUUAAAUAUGUGUGAUGAUUAUAAAAGAAAUACUAAUAAUCAUAUAGAUAAUAAAGAUAAAAAAAUAAAUGUCAAUAAAAAAAAUAGAGAUGAUGAAGAUAUAUAUAAGGAUAAUAGUACCACAUAUAAUAGUAGCAUAUUUAAAAAUAAUGAAUUAAAAAAUUAUUCUUCUUUUAACAAUAUAAAUAAUAUAAGAGCAAAAAAGAAGAUAAAGGAAAAACAUAAUAAUAAUAAUAAGAAGAAGAAGAAGGAGAAGAAUGAGAAGAAGAAGGAGAAGAAUGAGAAGAAGAAGGAGAAGAAGAGUAAUAAUAAUAAUAAUAAUAAUAAUAAUAAUAAUAAUAAUAAUAAUAAUAAUAAUAAUAAUAAUAAUAAUAUGAGUAAUAAUAAUUUAUUUACAAUAAAAUUUUGCAAAAAUAAUUUAAGAUAUAUUUUAUUAUUAUAUGUUAAAAAAUUAUUACUGUUAUGCGAAAAUAAAAGAUUAAGAAGAGAAAAUAAAAUAAAGAAAAAGGAGAUUGAAAACUUACUAAAGUAUAUUUUAUUUUUUAGUUGUAAUAAUAAAUAUAUAAAUAUAUAUUGCAUUAUACUAGAUUAUUUUCAUUAUUAUAAUAUAUUAUUUGAUUAUUAUAAGAAUAAUAAUGUAACUAAUUUACAUGAAUAUAUCUAUUAUAAAAUAUUUUAUUAUUUUAAAGAAAAAAACUUAAAAAAAAAAAUAUAUGGGUAUCUUUUUUAUACUGAUUUAUUGAAGCAUAUCAACAUAUUUAAUGAUUUAUUUAUUCGUUAUAUUUUGAAUAAUUAUUUUACUUUUCAUAAUAAUAUUAGAAGAUUCCUUGAGAAAAAAUUAAACAACAAAAAGGAAAAUUUUAUGGAGAAAAAAAAAGAAAUAUUUAAUAACGACAGUGAUAAAAUAAAUUCUUAUAAAAAAAAUUUUUUUGAUUUUAAAAAAAGUGGUAAUUAUAAAAAUAAUAAAGAAGAUGAUAAUGAUAAUAAUGAUGAUAAUGAUGAUAAUGAUUUUAAAAAAAAUCCAAAUAAUAACAGUGUGAAUAAAAAUAUUAUAAAAAAAAUAAAGAAAACAAAAUUAAAUGAUUUGACAUAUGAAGAUAUGAAAAACUUUAACGAAGAAAUAUAUAAUGAAUUUAGUAAAAAUGAAUAUAAACCAAAAAAUGUAAAUUCAUUGAAAGAAAAAAAUAAGACAUGUACUAAAAUUAGUAUUAAAUUACUUAAAAUUUGUAAAUUUUUUAUCAACAGUUUAAUUCAUUCAAAUAAUUUUUCAGAUAAAGUAGAAAAGAGGGUAUAUUUUUUGUUACUAUAUAAAGUAGAUUUACCAGUAAUAAUAAAAAGAUAUUUAUAUAAGAAAAUAUUUUAUAAUUAUUUAGAUAUUCUUUGCAGAUGUGAGAAAGAAAAGGUAUAUAAAUGUGUUAAAAAUAUAAAUACAGAAGAUUAUAUAAAUCUAUAUAAGAAAUAUAAUAAUAUUAACGUAAUAUUAUAUAUUUAUGAGAAACAUGGUAACUUUUUAAAAAUAAUAGAGUUGUGCUUAAAGGUAAUAAAAAUUAAUAUUUUAAAAAUUUAUGAUACUUUUAAUAAUAUAAAUAAGUGGAAAUUUUUAAAAAAUAUUAAUUAUGAUGAUGUAUAUUAUAUUAAUUUUUCCGAUAAAAUUGAUGUAUAUAAUUAUUAUUCUAUGCCUUUUAAAAAACAAAUAAGGAAGUUAUUUUUUAAAAAGGGAGAAGAUAAACCAAAGUAUACAAUUCAGAAAGAAUCAUUUUUAAAAGAGUUAUUAAAAGAUUUAAAUUAUAAAAAGGAGGUAAAAUUUUUUUAUGAUUAUUUUGUAAAUAAAUAUAAAAAAAGUGUGGAAAAAGAAAAUGAGCAAAAAGAAAAAAAGGAAAGUAUAUUUGCAAAAAAAUAUGAAAUAAAUAAACUACAAAAUAAUUCUUAUGAGACUAUAUAUGAUAAAAAUGUUUAUAAAAGAAAUUCAAAUAAAUGCAUUGAUAUAGGAACUUUUAAAAAAAAAAAAUUUCCAAGUUGUGAUAAAAUUAAAGAAAGAGAUAUGGUUGAAAAUGACUUGAAAGAUUAUUUAAUAAAAAAAAAUUAUGAUUUAAUUAACUCUUAUUGGAUAUAUAGCAUAGAAGAAUACAAUUCAAUUUUUUUAUACAUUUAUAUGUUAACUUUUGUUUUAAAAAAAAAUAAGUUAGCUAACGAGAAUAUUAAUAAAUAUAUAAUUUUUAAUAUCAUUAAUGAAUGUCUGAAAAAUUAUAUUAGUAUAAGUGGAAUAGUAAUGAAUGAAAAUUACAAAGUGUUGUUUUUUAGUUAUUUAUUUGAACAAAUUAUAUUGUUCGUAAUUAAUAUAUAUUCAUAUAGUCAUACGCAUAAAAUAUGUAAAAGAUUAUUAUUUAUAUAUAAAAAAUUUAACAUAAAAAUAAUUAAACUACCAUUAAUUGAAGUAUUAAAAAAUAUGAAUGAUAUAUAUACCUUUUUCAAUGGGAAUUAUAAAAUAACUCAAAAUAAAAUUAGACAGCAAAUUAAAGAUUACACAUAUGAAAAGAAAAAAGGAAUGGUAAUAAAUUUUGAUAUGAAGCAUAAACAUUGUUUUAAUAUCCAUUUAAAUACAAAUAAUAAUAAUAAUAAUAAUAAUAAUAAUAAUAAUAAUCCAAAAAAGGAAGAAACAAAUAAUGAAAAAUAUUAUUCUUCUAAUGAUACUAUUUAUAUUAAUAAAUGUGAACACCAUCACCAUUUUUCAUGUUCACAAUUAUGUUAUUUAUGUGAUGAAUUUAAGAAAAAAAAAAAAGAUUUUUAA